AUGAAGCGCAUCUUUGGAAGCUCGAAGAAGGAGCCGCCGCCAGACUUGAAUGCGGCCAUGGAAAAAGUCGGAGCUCGCGGCGGCAGCAUCGAAGAAAAGAUCAAGAAGUUGGAUGGAGAAUUGGUUAAACUCCGCGAUCAAAUGGCCAAGAUGCGAGAGGGACCCAGCAAGAACAUGGUCAAGCAGAAGGCGCUUCGGAUACUGAAGCAGAAGCGAAUGUACGAGAACCAAAAGGAGCAACUCGACCAACAAGUCUUCAACAUGGAUCAGAGCAAUUUCGCCAUCCAGGGCAUGAAAGACACGCAGAUUACGGUCGCCGCGAUGAAGGACGGCCUCAAGGCGUUCAAGAAGGAGCACAAGAAAAUGGAUAUUGGCAAGAUUGAAGACCUUCAAGAUCAAAUGGAGGAUAUGCUGGAUAUGAACAACGAGAUCCAGGAGGCCAUGAGUCGACAGUACGAUACGCCUGAUAUUGAUGAAUGUGACUUGGAGGCAGAGUUGGAGGCGCUCGGAGAUGAGAUUGGCCUUGGCGACACGGACGCCUCGUAUUUGGAUGAGGCUCUGAACGCGCCGUCCGUUCCUGCCGCCAAACCGAGUGCAUCACGGACGGCGGAAGGGAUCGAGGUGGACGAGUUCGGGCUGCCAAAGAUUCCGGAUAUGGCGCGA